AUGGAGGAAGCACAAUCUCACGAUCAUUGUUUCGUAUGCCAGUUAUCAGUGGUUUUAUCAUUGCUCGUUGUCGUAGUGUACUUUUUGACUUUCAAUCCAAAAAAUUUAUAUUACAUUAAAAUGGUUGGCAUUUAUGCGUCUAUACUUCUGAAUGCAGUAAUCGUGUGCCUAGCAUGGCCUUUAUAUUUUUUCGGUGAUGUACCGAAAUUUGUUUUCGAUUCAUUUAAUUUUAUCUCAAGGUGGACAAACGUAGAUGUAGUUGUUCGGAAUGGUGAAAUUUUGCAAAAAUCGGGGCCAUUUAUAUUUGUAUGUAAUCACCAGAGCUCAAUCGAUAUUGUUGUUCUGUCACAUUUUUGGCCGCCAAACUGCACUAUAAUGAUCAAAAAGUCUUUGAAGUACAUACCAUUCUUUAAUUUUGCCUCUGUUUUGAGUCGAGCAGUAUUUGUGGAUCGUUUUAAUCGAGAAAAAGCACUACAGUCACUGGAAGAAUGUGCUAAAAAGAUUACAAGACAAAGUUUAAGCGUUUUGAUAUUUCCAGAAGGAACUAGAAACCAUGGGGAACAUAUGCUUGAAUUUAAAAAAGGCGCCUUCAAUUUGGCUGUUUUUGCACAGAUCCCAAUCAUACCAAUAGUUAUAUCAUCGUACAAGCAUUUUUAUAAUAAAGAUAUGCGAUACUUUGCGAAUUCAGGCUAUGCAAUUGUAGAAGUUAUGGAGCCGAUCGAGACAGUUGGUAAAACGAUUGAAGAUGUUCCACAAUUAGCUGAUUUGGUUAGAUCUAAAAUGAUUGAGCAGUUCACUAAACUUAGUGAAGAAGCAACGGAAACAUACACAAGACGAAGAGAGGAGAUUCAUGAAGCGAAGAAGAGUCGUUAA